AUGUAUCUCUCUGUCUCUCCGUGUCUCUCUCUCUCUCUCUCUUUCUUUCUUGCCGCGCCACCGCAAGCUGCCUCGCCGUGGACGUGUCAUGCACGUGCCAGGUACUGCCUGCCCGCGCGCGAGGACCUGCUGCCGGAGCUCCUGCCGCUGGUGACGCCGUCGCUGCUGCAGGCGGCUGCGCUGCGGCGCGGCGACGGCGUCGCCAGCGCGUGUUUGCCCGAAGCCUCUCGGAACCUGCUCUUGCAGGCGCUCGCAGACGACGACGACGACGCGCGGCCGCGUCGCUGCUCGGUGAUGGGCUUGCUCGCAAGCCUGUGCGCCAGCUUGCCCUACGCCACCCUCGCCGCCGCCGAGGCCAGGGGCGAGGCCGCCGCCCUCUCGCCCCUGCCGGCGGAGGCGGGCGGGCCGCCCCCCGGCCUCCGCCGCGGCGUCUCCGUCUUUUCUCUCGUCGUCCCGCGCCUCUGGCCCUUCAUGCACCGCCACCCCGCCGCUGACGCUGGCGCUCGGCGGGCGGACCUGCUCGACUCGUGGCCGACAGCCAGCGCAGGCGCCGCCGCAGGCCCACCUGGCACGGCGGCGGGCGAUGGCCCUCCGCCGCUCAGUGUGGAAGGCGCCGAGGCGCUGGCGGGCGGCGUCUUCUCGGCGUGGGACGCGGCGCUGCGCGUGCCUCGAAACGCCGCCUCGCGGCUGCGCUGCCACGAGAGCCGCGGGGCGGUUGUGACCGCGGCGGCGGCUGUGCGGCGGCGCCGAGCGGAGCUGCUGAUCGAGCUGCGCGCCGCUGCGGCAGAGGCGGUCAUCGCCAUCGGCUCUCUGCCGCCAAAGGUCUCCGCCCUCAUCAACGCCCUGAUGAUGAUCCUCCGCACGGGCGCUCCGACGCCGCAGACCCGCGCCGGCGGCAGCCUCGCCGCGCUCCUCUCGUUGCUGCGCGCCCGCCCGCCGUCGGACAGCGGCCACCCUAACGACAAGGUCGUCGCCAAGCUCUGCUCGCUCGCCGCCGCCGCCGCGGCGCUGCUGCUCUUCCCGCGCGUCCUCGCGACGCUCCUCGGCCCGUUUGGGCAAGGCAACGACGCGGGGGCGGCGGCGGAGCGCGCUCUCGCCGCGCGCACUGUCGGCGCGUUCUGCGCGGCACCGGAGCUGCAGAGCCGCGCGGCCUGCGAGCUGUGCGACGCAGCGCUGCCCGCCCUCGCGGCGGACGAUCGGCCACGGUCGCAGCUCGGCGCCACGCUGGCGGUGCGGUCUGCCGUCGAGGCGAUGGGGAUGGGCCUGCUUCCGUACGCGGCGCUGGUGCUGCCGCCUCUUGUGCGCGCGCUCGCCUCGCAGGCGGAGGAGUCUAAGGAGUGGACUCGAGUCAUAGGGGGACGCAAGCCGGCGCCGUUCCAGCUGCCCGUGCCCAUCUACGCCGAGCUGCGGCCGUACCAGCAGGAGGGGGCGCGGUACGUGGGAGAGCUGCUCGAGGCGAUCGAGUACGCGGGGCCGCCCGCCAAGCGCGCGGCGAUGCGGCCGCGGCUGCCGGCGGCGGCGCUGGUGGUCGUGUCGUACGAGACGCUGCGCUCCGACGCCGCCCCCCUGUCCGCGGUGAGCUGGGACUACCUUGUACUUGACGAGGGGCACGUCAUCAAGAACGGGAGCUCCAAGAACGACGCGCUGGAGCUGUGGUCCCUCUUCGACUUUCUGAUGCCGGGCUACCUCGGGCAGCGGCGCCACUUCCACUCGCAGUACGUCAAGCCAAUCUCCGCGUCGUACGGCGCCUCUGCCGGGGACGUGGCGCACACACGCCGCGGGGCGAAGCUUCUGGGCAGCCUUCCGGGGACCUUCGGAGCCCCUCUGGAAGUGCUCCCCUUCUGCCUCCGGCGCACAAAGGCGGCGGUGCUGCAAGAUCUGCCGCCGAAGGUGAUCGCCGACCGGCUCGUGCCGCUCUCGGCGGUGCAGCAGCUGCUCUACUGCGCGUUUGCACAGUCGCCUGCGCAGGGCGGCGUCCGCCGAGCUAUCGACAAGGCGGCCGAGGGAGGCGGCAGGAGACGAGGAGGAUGUGGCAAAGGAGGGGGAGGGGGGAGCGGCGACGGUGGCGGUGGAGGCGGCGGUGACGGAAGUAGCGAGGGCGGCGGCGGCGGCGAGGGCGCGGCGACGGUGCUGCACGCGUUGCAGUAUUUGCGCAAGGCGCGCAGCUCUCCUGAUAACAAGAAGAAGAAGAAGAAGAAGAAGAGAAAGAAGGUUAAAGACGGACUUCAAUUGCUCGACGAGGCGCACCCGCUGCGGGCGCAGUGCGAGGCGGCCGCCGCGGCGGAAGGCUGCACCCUCCACUCCCUCGCCGUCGCCCCGAAACUGGAGGCGCUGCGCCGGAGGGCGCUGCGGCAGCUGCUCGCGGAGUGCGGCAUCGGCGCCGCCGACGCGUCCGCCGCCGAGUCCGCCGCCGCAGCAGCGGACGACGCCGCGCUGGCGGGCGGCGGCGGCGGCGCGGCGGCACUCGCAGCGCACCGUGCUCUCGUGUUUGCGCAGUCGGCGUCGAUGCUCGACCGCGUCGAGGCGGACUUGCUGGCCGCGCACCUGCCGUCGGUGAGCCACGUGCGGCUGGACGGGAGGGUGGCUGUGGCGCGGCGGGGCGAGCUGGUGGAGCGGUUCAACUCGGACCCGUCCAUCGACCUGAUGCUGCUCACCACCGCGGUCGGCGGGCUCGGCCUCAGCCUCACCUCCGCAAGACACGGCCUCAACCUCACCUCCGCAGACACAGUCAUCUUCCUCGACCACGACUGGAACCCGAUGCGCGACAUGCAGGCGAUGGCGAAUGAGGAGUCGUUCAUUAGUUAUUCACUGUCCAGCGACUGGAGCCCGAUGCGACACAUGCAAGCGCCGGACCGGCGAUGGACCGCGAUGGACCGUGCCCACCGGCUCGGCCAGAAGAGGUCGGUGUCGGUCUUCCGCCUCAUCUCCAGAGGCACUCUCGAGGAGAAGAUCAUGUCGCUACAGCGCUUCAAGACGCAUGUGCUCGACCUCUUCGAGCUGUCGCCGGCGACGACAGCCGCCGGAGCGGCGCCCUCUGCGCAGGCAUCUGGCGGUGGCGAAGGCGGCGGCGGCGGCGGCGACGGCGGCUCUGGCGGGCUGCAGUCGCUGCUGAGCAACGUGGGCAGCCUCUGGGGCUCGGAGGAGUACGAGGAGGAAUACGACCUGGACGAGUUCCUCGACCAGCUCUCCUGA